CUCUCUGUCAAACACUGAAAUGCGGUCCGAAAAGGCGCGAUUUUGUGUUUAUGGUGGAUUUCGUUGAGCUAUUUUGUGAGUUGUCCACGUUUCAAAGCAAAACAAAGUCCGUCUUCCCGUUCUCUAUUACAAUUUUGUGUUGUCACUGUGCUUACAAUGUCCAAACGCCUCAGUUCCGGCCAAAGUAAUACCCUGUUAAAUUAUUUCCAGUCGCCGAAAGUUAAACGCGAAAAAGAAAUCAAGAAGGAAAAUGGGACAGAGCAAGUCGACGAGCUUGUCAAUGGUAAAAACGAUCAGUCACCGGUUCAAGCCAAAAAGAAACGAAAAAUCGCGGUUAUCGACAGCGAUUCCGAGGAAGAGAAUUCAGCUGUGAAAGCCACCCCGAAAAAGAAGAAAAAUUUGAAACGACAGGCUAGUGAUUCCGAUGGUGAUGAUAAAACAAAACUGCAGAAAUUUGCGUUCGAGAAAAGCAGUGGGGAGUCGUCGGCGGCGAGCGAAAGUAGCAAGGAAAUUAAGCCCCCUGUGACUUCUACAAGCGAUAUUAACCUGAACUGGUUACACAAUCGUUUGGAGUUCCUACAGCCUGAUAAAAUCCGCGAUAUUAAAAAAAGAAAAGCUGAUGAUCCAGAUUAUGAUUCGCGGACUUUACAUAUUCCUGGCAGUUUUCUGGAUAAGCAAACUCCAGCCAUGAGACAGUGGUGGAUUCUGAAGAGCACACACAUGGACUCUGUGCUUUUUUUUAAAGUUGGCAAGUUUUAUGAAUUGUAUCAUAUGGAUGCUGUUGUAGGAGUCAACCAUUUAGGUUUUUCAUACAUGAAGGGCGAAUUCGCCCAUUCAGGCUUCCCAGAAAGUGCGUACCAUAAAAUGGCCAAUGCUUUAAUUGAGAAAGGAUUUAAGGUAGCCAGAACAGAGCAAACUGAAACCCCUGAAAUGAUGGCUGAACGUUGUAAGAAGCAAGGAAAGACCACAAAAUUUGAUAAAGUUGUGAAUCGGGAAAUUUGUCAAAUUACCACAAAAGCUACUUGUGUUUAUGGAGCGCAACUACCGGAAGCUAUGCACGCUCAAUCCUGUUACAUGUACGCAAUUUCCGAAAAGGACUUACCAGAUCAAAAGAGUCGAUUCGGGAUUUGUUUCCUAGACACGUCAAUCGGUGUUUUUCACAUGGCGGAGUUCGAGGAUGACAAACACUGUUCAAAACUUUUGACUUGUUUUUCAGAAUAUCCUCCAGGAUUAAUCUUAACCGAACGCAAGAAAUUGAGUAAUAAGUUAAAAGUAGUUUUGAAUACACAUUACAGAGACGUGAGAAAGGAAACCUUGGCGUCUGAAACACAAUUUUAUAGCGCAGCUGCUACAAUAGAAAGACUCAUCAAUGGGAAUUAUUUUCGCGAUAAAGACAACCAAGUGAAUCUACCCCCAUUUAUCAAGGACAUUACAGAAGGAUAUAACGCUAAACCCGACUACGAACUCACCAUACGGGCUUUAGGAGCUUGCGUCUGGUACUUGAUAGAUUCCAAACUUGACAUUCAAGUAGUGUCCAUGGGCAAAUUCAAAUUUUACUUACCUCUGAACAUCGAAAAUAAGGAAUCCAUUGAACGAAGUUCCAUGAUUCUGGACGCCAUAACAAUCGUCAAUUUAAAUUUGUUGGGUGACGAUGGAUCUUUACAAAAAGUAAUAGACCAUUGUCAAACGCCCUUUGGUAAAAGGGCGCUUCAACAAUGUAUAUGUCGUCCGUUAUGUAACGUAGACCAGAUCAAAGAACGCCAGGAAGCAGUGCGCGAGUUGUACCAAAAUUCGAGCGUUUUGGAAGAAGCAAGAGAAAUCCUCAAAAAAUUGCCAGAUUUGGAGCGGCAAUUAGCAAAAAUUCACACGUACGGAAAUAGCGUUUUUGCGCAAAACCACCCAGACAGCAGGGCUGUCUUUUACGAGGCCAACACCUACUCAAAAAGACGCAUUGCCGAUUUACUAAAAACGUUACAAGGGUUUGAAUUGGCCCAAAACUUAAACUCGGUCUUCAAAGAGUGCGAAUCCCCGUUGCUUAAACGAUUAACCCAGUUUAGUCCCGACGGCAUGUAUGUCGAUCUGAGCGAACAUUUACUCUUUUUCAAGAACGCGUUCGACCAAGAAGAAGCGCAAAAAGAGGGCAAAAUUAUCCCGAAAAUUGGCGUCGACGAGAAUUACGACGCCGCCGAGGAGGGUAUUAAAAACGUGAAAAACGACCUAGACGAGUAUUUAGCGGAACUGCAAAAAUUUUUCGGUUGCAAGGUUUCCUAUUUCGGUUCGGAUAAAAAACGAUUUCAGAUUGAUAUUCCCGAAAGUCACACUAAAAAGGUUACGAGUGAAUACCAGCUCGAAGGAACGAAGAAAGGGGCGAAGCCGUCAAAAAGGUACUCGACGAAUAGGAGCAGGCAACUUCUGGCCGACAUGAUGAAAGCGGAAAGCGAGAGGGCUAAAAUUAUCCAGGAUUUGAAUCGACGGAUUUUUGAAAAAUUUAGUGAAAGGCAUGCGCAGUGGGAACAAGCUAUAGAAUGUAUUAGUUUGUUGGAUGUGGUGUGUUCUUUGGCACAAUAUGCGCGCUGUUUCUCGCAAGAUAUCUGCAUACCGGUGAUUGAACCGAUUGGAGGAGCGAACAAAAUCACUAUCGAAAAUGGCCGCCACCCUUGCGUCGCAAACGUGGAAAGUUUCGUCCCUAAUGACACCAAACUCGGAAUCGAAGAGCACGCGAAUAUUUUACUCCUCACUGGACCCAAUAUGGGUGGCAAAUCCACCCUAAUGCGUCAAGUUGCCAUAAUAUGUAUAAUGUCCCACAUGGGCGGCUACGUUCCGGCUGCUUCCUGCAGACUUUCUUUGAUCGAUAGGAUUUUCACACGCCUGGGUGCCCACGACGACAUAGUGCAAGGGCAGUCGACAUUUUUACUCGAAUUAUCUGAAGCGGCCACCAUUUUACACCACGCGACGCCAUUUUCUUUAGUUUUGUUGGAUGAAUUGGGUAGAGGAACGUCCACGCAUGAUGGAAAUGCCAUCGCUACCGCGUACUUGGAAAAGUUGACCAGUAUUAAUUGUCGAACUUUAUUCUCGACCCAUUACCAUAGUUUAGUUGACCAUUUCGAGCUGAGAAGUGACGUGCAGUUGGGGCAUAUGGCCUGUAUGGUGGAAAACGACGACGACCCGACCGAGGAAUCGGUAACGUUCUUGUACAAGAUGGUGAAAGGACGUUGCCCUAAAUCGUAUGGAUUUAACGUGGCUAGGUUGGCAGGACUGAAACACUGCAUUGUUUCUCGAGGUCGUGACAUUUCGAAGGAACUGGAAAAGGAAACUAAAAACCGUAAACACUUCCGGGACUUAUUUAGCUCGUUUAAUAUGGACACAAUUAGGGCUGUUUUGUUGUCAAUGAAGUCUUAAACCUGUCUUUGUCGUUAGAAAGUUUAUUUUUGUUCCUUUUUUACAAAUAACAAAAAGUAUUGUGUUUCUGGAUACAUACACAAAAUAAAUGUUUGAAUAAUACAAGUAAAUACUGUUUCAAAA